UUCGGAAGCGCUCGGGUAUUUCCGUGACCCCUCACGGGCCGGCGCGGUCGUUGGCGGGCGCACGGUUAGCCGAGGGCAGCGCGGCCUCGCUGGCAGAGCCGCUCCCUCGGUGGGGAGGAAUCGCGAUCCUGCCAGGCAGAAGGCCAUUGCUGAAAGGGGACUUCAGGGAGUGAGUGCAGGAUGACUCAGCAGGGAGCUGUUCUUCAGGGUUACAAUAAUGAACUAGUGAAAUGCAUUGAAGAUUUAUGUAUGCAAAAAGAAGAACUGAACAAACAAAUCCAGCAAGCAGAAGAGGAAAAGAAUAAACUCCAGCAUGAAAUCCAAGUCCUCAGUGAACAGCUGGAGUGUGUAUGUGAAAACCUGGCCCAAAAAGUGGCUUCAAGGAACGAGCUUGAUAAAAUACUUGCUGAAACUGAAGCUGCUUACAUGAAGAUUUUGGAUAGCUCUAGAACUUUACUUAAUGUCCUCAAGAAGGAAGUGGGAAGCUUAAAGCAUUCACCAGAUCUGAAAACCAAUAUAACGUGAAACAGUCAAAUGUUUGGACUCUGCAGUGCUAAAAUUCCACUAGAUAGACCCUGCGUGACAAGGUAUCCCAGCUCCUCAGCAUCCACUUUCUCUUUCCAGACCUGCUCUUUUUAAGCCCCUGCUUUGGGACCUGUAGGAGGUGAGGCAGAGGAACAGAAAGAACUUUUAAUGAUAGUUGUCAAUUAAUUACCUUUCAAAGCCUAACCUUUUUCAGGUACCUUGUCUUUAUAGACCGUAUUAUUUUAUCAGGCUGCUUAUUACCUUAUGCUAGUGCAUGUAAGACCACCAGGUUUUUUAGGCAUGGAGGUUUCUUGAUGCUUAAAGGUAGUGGGAGGUCUGAAUUCUAGUCCAUCUAUAACAGCAUACAGAGCACAUAUAACAGCAGCAGGCUGUGGGGCAGCCAUAUUCCACUACAGCUUGUUUUGGGUUAAUGGAUUGAAGUGGCAUGGCAAGGGAGGAACUCUAGACCUGAUCUGGAGAGAUGGGGCUCUUCUACAGUGAGAAUAAGCUAGCUGUAGAAAUUCAGAUUAAGAACCUAGGACAGGUGACCCCUUACAGCAGUAUUCAUAUAUUUACAUAUCAUAUCAUAUACAUAUAUGUGUGUGUAUGUGUGUGUGUGUACUCACACAUACAUUAAAAUGUAUAUAUAAAUACUCAGCAUUUCCCUAAGUAUGGAGUGUUCUCGGUAGAAAGCUGUCUAAUACUUCAGUAUUAUUUGUCAUUAGAAAAGACAAUUCAAACAGGUUGGACAUUAGCAACUUGCAUGAGGUUGUGUACCCUGUUUUUUCAGUAGUCUUCACAGUCUUGCUUCCACAUAAGCCAUCAUUCGUGGCACCAUUCUCAUCUUCCUCCUGCAACAGCUUUUGUUGCCUCUAGUUCCUAGCUGCCUGUUCACCAUGUGGUUAGUUAUCCCAAGCUGCUGACCAGAAAGGUGCUGCUCUUCUGACAUGUGGUGGGUCAGAGGUGCUUUCACUAUCUUGAUAUUGUCCAGACAUGUUCUGGCACACUUGGGAAAAUUGUUUGCAUGAUGAACAGGUUACAUCCAAUUUGACAGUGUCCCAAAAGUUAUGAUUGGAUGGGGUGAUAAUAUUAUAUUCCAGGGAAACAACAGACACCUGAUUCGAGUUUCAUCCUAAAAAAAGGAUGUAGGUCAAAGCAAUGGAUGGAUGGGAAUUUUCCUGAUAUGCCAUGGAGAUUAAAGAACAGAAGUUUAUUUUGUUUGUCAUUGAGUAUAAAUAAUAUUAUCUUCUGCAUAAAUAGGUCUAUAUGAGAUGUUGUAAUUUAAUUUGUAUAAAUAUGUGUUCAGAGUGAUAUGAGUUUGCUUCAGAAAUGUUUGAUCUGUGUUUGAGAAAAGAUUAUAACUUGAAAUUAGAAAGAGGAAAAGGAAUAGUGUGCUGGAUCUUGCAGAUAAUGAUCUCAUUGAGGAAGCUGUUAUAGGACAGCUGUGUCUUCUUCAAAGCUCUGAGUGUGACCUGUAUUGCAAAUUAAUAAAUUCGUGGUAAGACAGAGUGGAGUAUGGCACAGUAAGGCUACUUGGAAAAAGUGACGUCAAGGCAUUGUACGUAUUCAGCAAUUUUCUUUGCAAUCCUGCUCUAUUUUACAACCUAAUCUAUUCCCCACUAAGAUGUGCUAGAGAUAAACAUUGCAGAUGCCUUUGUGUGCAGAGAAGAAGGAGAAGCAAUUAAAAGUCUGCAUGCUGUGAAGUCUCUGGGUAGCAGCAGUGUCUGCACAGACCUUUACAAUGUUUUAGGGAACAGUUGGUUUUCCUGCUGUCUGGGGUGAUCGAACGCAAAUAGUUUUUGAAUGAGGACAGUAACUCAGUUAUUUUCAUGCUGGCUAAAGUCCUGCUGGUUUGCAUAAAGGUUUCCAUUUUUAUUUACUGGUAGCAAAGUCUUGGUGACAAAGCGGUUCCUCCAGAUCAGACGCUGUUUCAUUAGAGUGCAUCAUUUAAUUUCUGACAAAGAGAGGGCAAACUUCUGAUAGUGUAGUGAAAGAACCUGGGGCAGAGCAGUAUCUGGUGUUGGUCUCCAUCAAAGACAAGGAAAAGCACAAAAGAACAAAACUGCUGGCCAUGGUGUGAAUCAGACUGGGCUGCCUCCAAGAGUAGCAAGUGAGAGGGCUUUUCUUUCUUUUAACUUGCUUCCUCCUACAUCAUUAUUGGGCUGAGUAAAAAAAAAAUAAUUCUUUUGAAUAAUAAUAAAUGGGAUAAUUUGCUUCAAGAAAAGCUAGUUCUACAUAGGAGGCAGCUAAAGCUGCUCCAUGGGACCUUUAUUUAUUUUUUUUGUCAACAAAUUUUCGUAAUGCAGAUUCUAAAAGCAAGCAGCCGUUGUAAGGAAAAGAGGUCAUUGCAGACCUUUUAUACUUCAGUAAUUUCACUCCUAUGUGCAGAUUCUUGGCUGUAAGUACUGCUUGUCCAAAACAGAUUUUUGGUCUCAGAUUUGUUCAGUCUAAAAUGCCUUUCCCUAUUUUAGAUAAACUUAGUAAAGCAGUAUAUGUUUUUACUUAUAGUGCAUGUAUAUUAUAUAUACGUGUCAUAUAUUACUUAUGUAAGUAUGUUGUUACUUAGGUAUGCAACUUAACCUAUAACUUUUAAGUACGAGGUUUUUCCCACGGUUUACUAUGCCAUGUAUUACUACAUGUGUUACCACACUGAUGUAGCUGGAGUGAGGCUUGGUUCUCAAACAUUAAGAUGACCUUUGAACUUUGAUUAUCUGAUAAGUAUUUUAUAGUUUCAAGUGUUGGCAAAGUCAGAAGCAGCCAAACAUUGGGAAGUGUAACUUGACUUUGCAGAUUUAAAUUAGAAUUUGCAUAUUGCCUUACAUGGAGCUUGCCUUUGUUUCAAGUAAGUUCUGCAUCUGGUUGUGUGGUGGGAGAGCACAGCCAAAUGUUUUAAAGAGCUAUCAAAAGCCACAGAACCAUUUAAAUUGGAAAGACCCUCCCAGGUAGUCAAGUCCAGCCAUUAACCCAGAACUGCCAUGCCCACCACUGAGCCAUGUCCCUAAGUGCCACCUCUAAGUGUCUUUUAAAUAAAUAAUAGCUGCUUGAGCUACUACUCUGCUACACUGGGAUUGUUACAUUGAGAAGCUAUGAUGUAACUUGUAGUUAAAAUAAUCUUAUUAGCAGGAGCACAAAUCCCCUUUAACUAAACUACAGUGUUACUGGAUUUAACAAUGUAAACUUCUGAUUCUUGUGCUGUGGCCUGUAUAAGAGCUAAGAAGGUAACAAAACAUAAUCUUAAAAUUCUGGAAUGAGUUUUGAGAUAUUAGAAUUUAAUAAGUGCCCAAGGAUUUUAUGUCACAAGACUCACUGAAUGUUAGUGGGUCUUGUGCCCUGCUUGCUGUUGCUCUGGUUUUUAAGAGUCAGGAUUCUGCAUGCAUUUCUCAGAGGCCUGGUUCCUGAAAGCUGGGCAUUUUCUGUGUCUUUCUUCCUGCUGCCCUCUGAAGUUACAUUUCUGUUUCUUGUAAAGAAAAGGCUGAAAGCACAAAAGCAAGUAGAAAGGCUCAGAAAUGCAAAUAUAAACAAUUCUAAAUAUUUUUCAUGAUUUAACAACAGUCUCACACUUCGUGCUUGGCCUGAUGUGUCUUUUUCAGUGCCUGAAUCUGGUAAUGGUCAAAGUGCUAUUGCAAAUUUCACACCAUGUUAUACUUCAGUCAAGUCAGAUGCAGUGAUGGCUCCAAGAAAGGCCCCGUAAUCUGUGCCUGUAGGACAUAACUGGCUUUCUAUACAUUAAAUUCCUCUCUUAGUACCUUGAUCAACUACACCCAGCUUUCCACUGUCAUUAUGGGUUACACAAAGCUGUCAGGGAAGCUCCUUUUAAUCCAGCCUCAAUGUGAUCUGCAAGUGUCAGGGAACAAGGUAUGGUUUGGAGAUGGAAUUGUGGAGCUUCCAGGCCAGCAGAAGCUGGAAGCCCUGUGGGAUGGCAGGGGAAGGGAGGGCUGCUGACUCCUGGCAGAGAGAGCAUGCAGCACCAAUACAGCAGCCAGAAGUACUAACCUGACAUGGUGCUUCCAGAAUCAGGAAUCUUAGAGGAGCAAGCAAUUUCAGGGCUGAAAGAGGCUCCAAGGGAUCUCCUAACAUCACAAUGUAUUUAUUCCCUGCAAGUGAAUGCAGGAAAGGUAGAUGGGAAGGUGACUGAAUAGAAGGGGUUUGUAGUACUUGCAGAGCCUGCUUUGGAGUCUGAAAGGCCAAAAAUAUGAUCACGACAUCUAGCUGAAGACUGAAGAUGUGAUUUAGAAAUUGAACAGUUUAUCAAACUGAAGCUAAAGAUUGAAGUAAGUAUGCUGUACAAAGGGUAGGACAAAGACAUUUUAUUUUAAUAAAGCUAACUGAUCAAGAGAGAAUAAGCAACUGGCAACAUCCAGAGGAAUUUUUCUGAGAGGAGAACAUCAGAAGCACUGCCAGAAUUGUAUAAUUUUUCAAUCUCUUUUGUUAAAACAUAUAAAUUAGUAUCUAACAUGAAGAAAAAUUUAUCACAAUAGAAAUAAUUGAAUCCUUGGCAAAAUGAACGUGAUUUUUUUAUGCCAUUCCACGAUUAUUUUUGACAAAUGCUUUUAAUUUGGCCCAAACAAUAGCAAGGAGGGUUUGUGGGUGUCAUAAUAUGCAAUCUAGACUUGAAUGAUUUGUUUCAGUCAUCAUAAAGAGGGGACAAUAGAGGAAGCAUGACAAAAAUAUAGACAACAAUGAGUAGGGCUGCACAUAAUUUUGGCUCUCCUAUUUUCAUAAUAAAUCUUUGUGGUUUGCUUAAAGCCUCAGCUCCCAGAUUCAUGUAGUAAAUAAUCUAAAAUUUCAUUACACAAAAAGAAGUUUCUAAUUGCUGCAAUUGGAAAAAAAAAAGCUUAAAUACAAAGCAAGAAGAGGAACCAAAAAACAUGUUUUUAAGGGACAAAAAGUAAAAUCCACCUUUACUCUAAAAAAAUCCCAAGGCAUAAAGACUUGAUGCUGCUAUUAGAGCUCAGGUCAGUAUUUAUAGCACGUUGGUUGCUCAGACAGACAUUCCAAGGCCUUGUAUACCAUCCUUUUUCUUUCCUAAGCAACAUUCUCUCAGAGCCUGGAAAAUAACAUGCCUCUGUCUUCUGUUUUAUG